UGGACAGCGGCUUCGGUGAAUAAAAUAAAAUACGUCACACUUUAAAAAGAGAUCAUUUAAAAUUUCAUUCGGUUUGAACAAGAAUUCACGACCUUGUAUUAAUACAACUAUUAUUGUGUUAUAUUGUCACGCUCGGUACUUGUUUACAUAUUGCAAAGUGAAUUACUAGUGGUCGAGCGGUAUGGUUGCAUUCUAUUUCUUUAAAAUAAAGAAGUAGAAUAUAACAAUUUUGGUUAAGUGGCACGAAGGCUCUGUGGAUUAAGUUAAAGUUGAUAUGACCUUACAUUUGAGUAAAGGAAUCGACCCACGCCGACUACUAAAGACUCCUACGCGGCGCCAAUGAUGCGAACUGCGUCGUCUCUAUCAGACUAAAAAAUUACAAUAAUGAGAAUAAAACUACACAAAAAACAAACUGUCAUAAAUUGCUAAGAUAAGUAACUUUAUAUUUACAUUAAAGUGAAAAUAAGUGCAAGCGUGAAUUCGGAAUGAUUAAUUUCGUGAUAAACGUGUGAACUUUUUUUACAUCUGUUGUAUUUUGUCAACAAUCAAGGCUAACCGUAUUAGAGCCUGUAUAAAGAAGCCGAAGACUCGGAAAAAACUGUAUCAAAUGGUAGAUUUGACACAAAAAAUGGAUACCAAUGAAUUUGUUUCCACAUAAAUUGGAUUUUUUUUUUUUCGAUUUGUGUGGUCAAGAAAUCCAUCAAAAUAAAGAAAUCAGCGGCACUCUUGUGUUACAAGACGAGAAUGGAUGAGAAUGAUGUCAUCAUAUCUUCUACAGAGAUCAUAAAAGAUAGAUUAUACUUUGCAACACUAAAAACGGGAUAUAAGCCUAAACCAACACGCAACAGCAAAUAUUUUCACAUAGAAGAUGACAUUGUGUAUGAGAAUUUUUACUUCGACUUCGGUCCCUACCACCUCUGCCAUCUCUACCAAUUCUGCAAUCGUCUCAAUGAGGAGUUGGAGAAGAAUCCGAAGAAGAAGAUCGUGUUUUAUACCAGCAACAAUGAGACGCUUAGACUCAACGCUGCUUAUCUCAUCGGAAGUUAUCAGAUAAUCUAUUUGGGCGGAUCUCCAGCCGCUGUGUACAAGCAGCUUACCGAAGUUUCGUGGUCGCUUCUGAGUUUCCGAGACGCGUCCGGUGGACCGCCUCUCUUUGACAUAUCGUUAUUGGAUGUAUUGCACGGAAUCAAAGUCGCCCAUGACGCAAAGUUCUUCGACUUCGAACAUUUUGAUGCUGAACAGUAUUUGUUUUAUGAGAAAGUGGAAAAUGGCGAUCUCAAUUGGAUAGUUCCUGCUAAAAUGCUGGCAUUUUCUGGACCUCAUCACAGAUCUCGGCUCGAUCGCGGAUAUCCCCUCCACAGUCCAGAGCAUUACCACGAAUACUUUAAGAAACAUAACGUGACAACAAUUGUUAGGCUGAACAAGAAAUCGUACGACGCUAAACAAUUUACCACCCAUGGUUUCGAGCACAGAGAAUUGUUCUUCGUCGAUGGAUCAGUUCCGUCUGAUUUAAUCGUGAACAGGUUCAUUCGUAUUGCGGAAGCAGCUAAAGGAGCUGUCGCUGUACAUUGUAAAGCUGGUCUUGGUAGAACGGGUACACUGAUCGCGUGUUACAUGAUGAAACAUCACGGAUUCACAGCGCGAGAAGCCAUCGCGUGGCUCAGAGUGUGUCGGCCUGGAUCAGUUAUUGGACACCAGCAGUGGUUUCUAGAGAACAUUCAGCCCCGCAUGCACGCUCUAGGCGAGGCGUACCGACGCCGUCUCAACAUCACCUCGUUUCCUGUGUUCACUCGCGGGAUCUACAGCGACCUGCCGCCCGAGCCCAUCAAAGCGAUAGACGACAAACCUGUUUCAUUACAAUCCAUUUUGACAAACAAAAAUGCUAACAAGUUGGAUAAUGCGAACGUCCUAAAUGCCAACGAAACGGACUCAGAAAAUAACGUCACAUCUGUGAUCGGUAAAUAUAAGACUACCGCCACGCCGAUGCUGCCCACUAAGACCGUGUUCACGCCCAAAUUGAACUACAUGAUGCCCACUAACAACAUCAGGAAUGCCAACAACACCAACCUAAAGCCCCAACCCAGAAUUUUGAACACUUCGCUCAAGUCCCACUACGCGUCGAAGACUUCGACCUUCCCGCCAACAAGAAGUGCCAAUUCUCAAGCGAAACUGACGGGGGGAGUCAAACCACCCUUCACAGGUAAGAAUAGCUUCCACGGCCAAAGAGCAAACUUGGCUCGACCAACCCUCGCCUACUCGCACAGCGGCAGUCCUGUCAAGACCUUCACGCGGAAGGCCAUGUCCGUCUCGAAGAUUACGACCAACGACUCCGCCGUAGUGACCACGCUCACCAACGUCACAUCCACUCUAUCUGCUUUGACAGAAAACUGUCAUUUGAACGGGAAAAAUCGUCUGCCGUCGGAACCGAAUCUGAAGAAUGUCGCCCAGGUGAAAACGGCCGCGAGCAACGUGACCGUUCGAAAAAAGUUAAUCGUGAGAUCGAAUUCAAUCUCACGCAAGAAACUUCCCAAGAAUCUAACGAAAAACGGACUCGAGGCGUCCCAAGAUCUCUCUUCCAGCGACACGAAUAUAACUAAUAUAUCUGCGGACUCCCUCGAUACCCCGUUCCGUUUCAGGCGGAAAAGGGACAAGUCGAAGACUCCAGAACCGAUGGAUUGUUUAUCUAAUUCCGUCAUAACCGCCGACGUUACGCCGGACAACUACGAAGAGACCAGCAACUCUCAAGGGAAUAAAUUAUACAAGAUCAAAGCGUUGCGGAAAAAGUGUCCCGCGUUUGGAGUCAGCUUGCUGAAAAAGGACGGCAUACAGACUCGGUCGAGUAGUUGCGCGAGUAGCUCGACCGUUAAGAAGAAAUGAUCUUAUAGGUGUUCAAGUGUAAUCGUUCGUAAUAGAAUUUCUAAUAGAUGUCUAGUGUGCAUAGCACGUUUACCAUAACGUUGAUGGAUUUGUUUAGAUUCUAACGGCCUUACUUAUAAACGUUGUUGUAAUAAUGCCGUCUUCUUCUUUCAAAUGUCAACUCAAUAAUAAAAGAAAGAGAGAUAUCACUGUAGAACUAUUCAGCCGCUAAACAACGUUAAUAAGUAAAGCCCUAUUACGUCUCGCGACUGAAUUAAUUUGUACUAAACUCAUAUCAAACCCUGGUAACAAGUUCUCUAUAUAGUUAAGUAUAAAUCCGAACAGAACGAUCAACUUACAUUAUGUAAACCGUACGUCCUUAGACCCCGUAAGAUGAGCCUAAAUGUUUAUAGUUAUUGUGAAAUUGUUUACAUUAUAAAAAAAAAUCUUAUUGUAGAUUGUUUAGUAUUUUUAAAUGUAACUUUUAUAAAUUAUAAUCUGUUAAAUCAUGUUAGUACUGGCAUUAGGAAAAGUGUAAAUCGGUUUUUACAUAAGACUAAAAAUACUUAACCGUUUUAGACAGUAAGAGUAAUCAUUUGUUUUUUUUUUUUUUAAUUACAAAGUGAUCGUUAUAUGCCAUUAUCGUUUUGCUUCUAUUGAGCUUCCAGUUGUUUAUAUUGAUUGAAUUUACAUACAAUAUAAUUUGUAUAUAUUAUUUAAUAAUCAAAAUAUUAUACGCAUAUCACAAAGCAGCUCAGAUUGAAAUUGUUUUCUAUUUAUUGCUUUAUUCACAUUUUAUGUACGGUUUUUUUUUUAAUAUAUUUAUGUAUCAUU